AUGAUUGCAACACAAAGUGAAUUUCAAGUUUUGAUUGAAUGUGGCAUAUGUUGUGACUAUCUAACUGAUGUUCGAGAAACUCCUUGUUGUCAUCAACUAUUUUGUCUUACUUGCAUUCAAUCAUGGCUGAGAACAUUUGCUCCAAAUUGUCCGCGAUGUCGUUCAACGACAUUGACCGAACAAACGCUCAUAACUAACAUUGCCAUUCAACAAUUCAUUGAAAAUAUUCAAUUCAAUUGUCCUAAUAAAUUGCAAGGUUGUUCAGCUAAAAUACCUCGAAGUGAUUUGAUUCACCACAAACAAACAUGUUCCUAUACACCGGAAAAAUUAAAGUAUCAACGAGAACAGAAAUUAUUUGAAUUACGACUUCAAUUACAACAGUAUAGUAAUGCAAAAGCACGUACAAGAGACAAGGAUAAUGAAUUGUACGAUUUAGCCAAAGUAUUUCAUGAAGAACACGGCUAUGAUGAAGCACGACAAUGUUUAAAAAUGAUUAAAGGUAUGCAAAACGUGUUUAAUAUCACGAUUUUAAGUGCACAGAUUGAACAAGAUGAUGGACAAUAUGAUAAAGCAUUGGAACUUUAUACAGAUGUUUAUUUGAAAGCGAAAACAAAUCCUCAACCGAAAACAAAUCCUCAACGUAUCGAAUUACUUUUGGCUUCUGGACAUAUUUAUCUUAAACAGGCAAAAUAUACUGAAGCACAGGAAAAGUUUACGCGAGCAUUUAAACUUCUUCCACACAAUGAUCAAUCACAGAAAAAAGCCGAAAUUCUCAAUAGUAUUGGACUUCUUGCUAAGAAAUGUUCUCAUUAUGAUCAAGCUAUUUCGAGUUAUAAUCAAGCGCUUGAAAUAGUCGAUACAAGUUCGAAUCUUUGGUCAGAAAUUGUUGCUAAUCUAGCUGAUAUUUUCCGAAAAAAAGGCAAUUAUAAUGAAUCUUAUGAACUCUAUUUAAAAGCGCUGAAACAACUUGAAUCAGUGCAUGGUCAUAACCAUCCAUUAGUUGCUGAUGUGAUGAAUAAUCUUGGAAUUCUUUUGAAGAAAGAAGGCAAAUAUACCGAAGCAUUGGAUUAUUUAAAACAAGCAUUAAAAAUAUCCAAACACUAUUAUGGUGAUAAGCACGAGUCAAUCGGAAUGUAUUUGGGAAAUAUUGGUGAUAUUUAUCGAAAGCAAGGUGAUUACAAAACAGCUGAAGUGAUAUACAAAGAAGCAUUGACCGUAUUAGAAGAAUCCUUAGGACCAAAGCAUAUUGAAGUAGCUGAAAUACUCAAUUCAAUGGGUCUCGUAUUAGAGAAAAAGGAUGAUUAUAAUGAAGCACAAGCAUUCUAUGAAAGAGCAAUAAAAAUUAUCAAAAACACAUUCGGUCCAAAUCAAGAACAUUAUAAACUGGGCAUCUAUUACAAUAAUCUAGCGAACCUUGAUCGAAAAAGAAGUGAUUACGAUGGCGCGCUACGUAUCUAUCGACGGGCUCUCGCAAUAAUUGAAAAAACACUUGGUCCGGAACAUUCCGAAGCAGCUGAAAUUCUUCAUAAUAUCGGACAAGUUCAAUUUCAAUCCGGCAAUUACAAACAAGCGCUUGUUCAUAUUGAUCGAGCACUUGUCAUUAUCAAAAAAGAAUUCAACGAUCAACAUUAUAAAUAUGGCAUUUUUCUUAAUUCUCUUGGUCUUGUCUAUGCAGCGAUGAAUAAUUACCAUACAGCUUAUGGACAUGUUAAACAAGCUUUACAGAUUUUAGUAGAUAGUUUAGGUAUGGAUCACAUUGAGAUGUGUGAUGUUUAUACGACUAUGGGUGAUAUUUGCUUGAAAAUAGCCGCUGAAAUAGGUGAGAAACAAGGGGAUCAACAACAAAAUCAAGAAUUUGCUGAAAAACAGAGUAAACUCGAUGAAGCGAAAGAAUAUUAUUCAAAAGCUCAAAGAAUCAUGAAGAAAACUUUUGGUGAUAAACAUAAAAAAACGCAACAAUUUCUUGCACUGUUGCCUAUUGUUGAUAUGGAUUAA